UCUGUCUCCUCAUAAACCUUAGAUUCCUACACAGCCCCUGAUCAUUUGACUAGGAUCCAUAAUGUUCGCCUCUACUCAUUCAUUUUGUGUGAUUAUCCUUUCUGCUUGUGCGCCUUGCUUCUUGCCCCCUUUCACUAUUUAGGUCCGCUAUUUGCCCCUCAUAUUCGUCAGACAAGGCUUGGUCUCUUAAGCUUCUUACUCUUUACUUUAUCUCCACGCCCCUAGAGUUCCUUCCGAGACCCUCUAAAACUUAGGUUCGAAAUUUGGCUUUACAGGCCUGUAGUCAACGCUCGCCGUCCAACCCACUGCAGUCUAGGAGCUGUCGAAGAAUAUCCAACAAGUCAUCGAGCAAGCACAUAAAGACUUCAGGUAGAUCUAUCAGCUCAAUAGAUAUCCACGACCUACGGAUUCCCGGCGAGGAUCUGUUCUACACUAUGGGAUUAGGAGACUAUUCCCCCGGUAGUAUCUGGUACUAUGCGCCGACCAAAGUCGCGCCGAUCAUUUUCAUCGUCUUGUUCUUCAUGUCUGGGGUCAUCCAUGCCUGGCAAACUAUCAAACACAAGUCUUGGCGGACGACCAUUCUUCUGCCAUGGGCUGCAGCUUUGAUGAUCGCUGGCUUCGCUACCCGUGAAUAUGGGGCGUUCCACACCGAUCGCCUCGAAUUCCUCAUCGCCUCAGUUGUACUUAUCAUGAGCGGUCCCCCGGUCUAUGCCCUCAUCAAUUACUUCAUCUUGUCCCGUAUCCUCUACUACAUCCCUUACCUUUCACCCAUGCAUCCUGGACGCGUUGUCACGACAUUUGUCGGCCUGGAUGCAGUGUGUGAAAUCCUUAUUGGCCAGGGUGCCUGGCGGAUGGCGAAUUCCUCCAUGACUGAAGCCCAACGGCAACUCGGAGCCAACCUAGUCACAGCCUCACUAUGUCUCCAGGCAACUUUAUUUGGCGCCUUUGGGCUCCUAGCCGCCCAAUUCCAAUACCGCGCUACGAAAGCGAACGUCCUGACCAAAGACCUUCGUAUUGUACUGUAUGUACUGUACGUCAGCGCAUCCAUCGUCACCAUUCGCUGCAUCUACAGACUUGUUGAAUACAUAAUGGGCUGGGAUAGCACCAUCUACAAAAACGAAAUCUUCUUCUGGAUUUUCGAGGCGCUCAUCAUGUUCAUAAACACUGCGCUGCUCAAUAUAUACCACCCCGGAAAGCGUCUCCCUCGAUCCAACAAUGUCUUCCUAGAUCGCGAUGGUGUUACCGAAAGGGCGGGACCUGGUUGGGCCGACGAUCGACCUUGGCCUGCUACUGUAUUUGAUCCUUUUGACCUCUGGGGAAUGUUCACUGGGAGAGAUAAGAAGAGCCAGUUCUGGGAUAUGAACGAUGAUGAACUUGCGCAGCUGAGAGCCGAGAAUAAAGCUAAAAAGAGGGGUAUCAUUGCGGGAUUCUUCGACCCCUUUCACUUGUGGGGCGAGCGAGGAUACGUUGGGAAGCAUCUCUCGAAGAAGCCCGCUCAAAGUGAGCCAGCUGUGACUCAGGAAGCCAAGAAUGAGGAGACCAAGAAGAGUGUUCGGGACACCGGUGAGCUUGUCUAAGAAUUUGUUUGAGUCCGGCUGAUAAUAUAGCGGUUAAACAUUAGCAGUGUCAGCGUAAACAGCGUGAGGGUUGACGGCUAGUGACUUUUUCAGUAGGUGUUUCAUGUUGGUUGUGAAUAUUUGGACUUCCCUCCCUUUUUUCCUUGUUGCUUCAUGUUUCAGUUUAAUAGAGUCAUUUAUGGACGUAGCCAAAGACCCAAAC